AUGCUAGAUAUCGCUACAACAAUCCUCGAUCAGCUCCAGAGGAUAGUCGGGCCCAGCUCGACACUUAAUAAACCACCAAAGCCUCCCACAAACGCGACAUUCUCUCUUCCUCCGCAGCCAACUAAGGAAACACCCAAAAUCAUCAAGAAGAUAACCCGAACCCAACAUUCAAUUCUGACUUGUCGGAAUUGUAAGGGAGACGUACUCCGACUCAAGAAGAAGAACCAGAAGUUGCGCGCAAACAUCGAGACGCACAAGGACAACAUCAAGGCCAUUAAAGACGGCAUGCCCAACAAGAAGACCCCCAACAAGAUGCUUCAAAAGGUGAAGGAACUCGCCAACUGCGUCGAGCGCCAGAAUGCUCGCAAGGUAAACACACAUCAGAAGUUGCUUACAACCAGUCUCGCUAACGAUCGGCAGUUAACCUCGCAAGCGAUGCUCGAGGUCCUAGAGAACGACGUCGAAGCCUGCGAUGUUGACUUCCAAGCCACUGCUGGUCCCCUGUGGACCGAGCUUGGAGAGCUGUGCAAGGCCGCGGAGAAGAACGACAAGGCUGCAACCGAGAUCGGUUUCAGACAGCUCUUCCCGAGAUUCCCGAGCUGGCAGUUAACCUACCGACUACGUCGACAACUGCCCCAACCUUUGGCGCAUCAAGUCAAGCGCAUCCGUAUCGACUACAGGGAAUUAUGGGCAGCAUUUAUUCAGCACUCUUACUAA